GUCAAGUGGACCUCUUGAAGUCACGAGAUCAGUUUUGUUCGCCAAAUUAGUCAGCUGGUCAAGUUAAAUUCGUGCAUUUCGCGACGAUCUUCCGGACAGGUAAGCUGCAAUGGCCAGAUUAGGAUUACCCGUGGUGCUUUUGCUGGCACUGGCCGUUUUCGGCGGUGCCCGCGCAACGAAUGUUCCUGUUUUUGUUUGGGGAAAACCAUCUGUGACCUACGUUCCGGCCCUCAGCCGAUACACGAGCACGGAAUUCGAAGCGCUCGUCGAGGCCCAAAUCGACGAGAACACUUUUACGGUCGUGUUCGCCGAAGAUCGCCUCUCGACGGAGGACCUCAGUCAGUGCAAGCUGAAGACGCAAACAUGCUUCAAGAAUCUGCAGAAAAUCGAACGCAAGUCGUACCUUCCGAGCGUCGAGGAACCGCUGAGCGUGUUGGAGGGCUCGAAUGCUCGAACCGUCCUGUUGUUGUCAGACGGAACGCUCAGUGAGCCAAUCGUACCGCGUGCUGGUGGAAUUGUCGUCGUUGACCUCGGCUCGGGUGAUUACGCGUCACAUGAUGCUGCAAUCGAUGCGCUGUACGCUCGGCUCCGCAAUGCCUACGAGAACGUUCUUGCCAUCUACACUGGCAAAACGGCGUCCUUCAGUGCGUCACGUCUGGUACGUAAAACUCGCCAGGCAGAGACCCCGGAACGCGAACCCAAGACGCUGUCGACGGAAGACUUCCUGAUGUCCAUCGAACAGUUCAGCUACGGCCCGGUCGAUGCCGCCGAACUGACCGUCGUUGAGCUGGACAAAGCGGAGAAGAUACCGGCCAACUCGAGCAACACCGCCGAUGCACAAACCCUUCACAUUCAGCUAAACGGUCCGAGCGCUAAGGUGGACCUGCACUUCAUGGUUUCCCAAGGCUCGUGGGAGAUUACGUCCGUGUCCUUCAACGACCAGCAGUACUACUUGCGCCAUCGUGUGCACGUGAACCAGCACUUUUCGUACCGCUGCAACUCGUGGGAAUACAUGACGUUCGAUCUGCAGAACAAAAUCGUGUUCGAGGAGGUGCAGUUCCAGCCGUUCUGGCCGGCCGACGGGGAAUCCAGCACCGUACCAAUCAAGUUUGGUGACGCAUGGCACUGCGUCGGCUUCACGACCGGGGGCAUUCUUUCCGGACUGUUCCUGAUUCUCAUCUUCCUCAUCAUUGGCGCGUACGGCAUCGCCUGGAUGAUGGAUAUCCGCACGAUGGAUCGCUUCGACGAUCCGAAGGGCAAAACGAUCAUCGUCAACACCACCGAGUAGUGGGUGUGCACUUUGGUGUCCGGCCACAGCCUUCGUAGUUGCACAAUAAUUGAGCUUAGCGAGCCAUUCACAAUAAAAUUAUACACAUUGGCAAUUGAAUUGAAAUGAAAUUUUUCUAUUUU